UCCGAGGAGGGGGAAGGGCGAGGAGGGCCGGCCGGUGCCGUCAGUCAGGCAGGGGGAGCCGCCGGGAGCGGAUGGCGGCAGCGGUAGCGGGCCCACUCGCCGCCGGGGGUGAGGAAGCUGCAGCUUCAGUCUCCGUGCCAGGGUCUCCUGGUCUACCCGGGAGCCGUAGCGCAGAACGAGCCCUAGAGGAGGCAGUGGCCACCGGGACCCUGAACUUGUCCAACCGGCGUUUGAAGCACUUCCCCCGGGGCGCGGCCCGCAGUUACGACUUAUCAGACAUCACCCAGGCUGACUUGUCUCGGAACCGGUUUCCCGAGGUGCCUGAGGCAGCUUGCCAGCUGGUGUCCCUGGAAGGCCUGAGCCUCUACCACAAUUGCCUGAGAUGCCUGAACCCAGCCUUGGGGAAUCUCACAGCCCUCACCUACCUCAACCUCAGCCGGAACCAGCUGUCAUCAUUGCCACCCUACAUCUGCCAGCUGCCCCUUCGAGUACUUAUCAUCAGCAACAACAAGUUAGGAGCCCUGCCUCCAGACAUCAGCACCUUAGGAAGCCUGCGGCAGCUUGACGUGAGCAGCAAUGAGCUGCGGUCCCUCCCGGCGGAGCUCUGUGGCCUCCGGUCCCUGCGCGAUCUCAAUGUCCGAAGGAACCAGCUCAGCACCCUGCCUGACGAGCUGGGAGACCUUCCUCUGGUCCGCCUGGAUUUCUCCUGUAACCGUGUCUCCAGAAUCCCCGUCUCCUUCUGCCGCCUCAGGCACCUGCAGGUCAUUCUGCUGGAUAGCAACCCCCUCCAGAGUCCACCUGCCCAGAUAUGCCUGAAGGGGAAACUUCAUAUCUUCAAGUACUUAACAAUGGAGGCUGGCCGGAGUGGAGCCGCCCUCGGGGACCUGGUCCCUUCCCGACCCCCGAGUUUUAGUCCCUGCCCUGCCGAAGAUUUAUUUCCGGGACGUCGUUAUGAUGGUGGCCUGGACUCUGGCUUCCAUAGCGUUGACAGUGGCAGCAAGAGGUGGUCAGGGAAUGAGCCUGAACCCACAUGGUCCCAGCCCUGCAGGGAGCCCAUGUCCCACCUCUGCCUCUCUGCCUUAAAGUCCACAGAUGAUUUUUCCGAACUGUCUUUCCGAAUCUCGGAGCUGGCUCGGGAGCCCCGGGGGCCUAGGCAACCCAGGGAAGAUGGCUCUGGCGAUGGAGACCUGGAGCAGAUUGACUUUAUCGACAGCCACGUGCCUGGGGAAGACGAAGAGCGAAGUGCGGCUGAGGAGCAGCUGCCUUCUGAAUUAAGCCUUGUAGCAGGGGAUGUGGAGAGGCCAUCGAGCAGCAGGCGGGAGGAGCCUGCAGGGGAGGAGAGGCGGCGCCCAGACACUUUGCAGUUGUGGCAGGAGCGGGAGCGGAAGCAACAACAACAGAGUGGGGGGUGGGGGUCCCCCAGGAAGGACGGCGUCCUGAAGCGGGGGAUCAGGGCUGCCGGGCCAGGGGCUUCGGCCCCAUCCACACAGGCCGCCUGCAAUGGCCCACCAAAGUCCAGUGCUACCCAACUGGCAGGUUCAGGGGGGCAGGGAGCUCCCACAUCGCCCCCCACCUCCCAGGACCCCCUUCCUGUAUCUGGACCAGCGACAGCUCCUGUUCCCAGGCCACUGGGCUCCAUUCAGAGACCAAACAGCUUCCUCUUCCGGUCCUCUUCUCAGAGUGGCUCUAGCCCUUCCUCUCCGGAGUCUGUUGUGAGACCUCGGCCGUUUCCUCAGGAGAAGGAGCUAAUAUCCCAACUUCGCCAGGUCCUAGAGUCACGGCUGCAGCGACCCCUGCCUGAGGACCUGGCAGAGGCUCUGGCCAAUGGGGUGAUCCUCUGCCAGCUGGCGAACCAGCUGCGGCCCCGCUCUGUGCCCUUCAUCCAUGUGCCCUCGCCUGCUGUGCCAAAGCUCAGUGCCCUCAAGUCUCGGAAGAAUGUAGAGAGUUUCCUAGAAGCCUGUCGAAAAAUGGGUGUGCCUGAGGAGUCCCUGUGCCAGCCCCACCACAUUCUGGAAGAGGAGGGGGCCCCCGGAAGGGGCCUCCCUCACAUCGCUGCUGUCCUUCACGCACUUCUGGAACAGCCUUAGGGGAGAGGUUGGGGCGCUGGGCCCCGAGUACCACCGGACCUGCCCUGGGAGCAGAUGACACCUGAGCCCUGCCAGUUAACAAGGACUUGGUGACCGCGGUCUUGUGUAGCCCCCGCCCUCGGCUGCUUCGGGUGCAGCCCCCAUGCGGGUGAAGAGUGUUGUGUCAGACACAAUAAAGAGACGCCCAAGGCCUUUGGUUGGCCCUCA